CCUGGCAAAUCAUCGAUCUACAGACAUGUCUCUCUGGAGCUCCUACCGUUCUUUGUCGCCGAAAACAAGGGCUCUCUUCGGAGUUGGCGUGAUGGCUUGGGCGUCGAUUGGCCUCUGGGUUUUACCGGAAGUAGAAGGCGCCAUGGGCAUGGCUCCAACAAAGCAGGAGCAGGAAGAGUUGGAUCGUAAGAUGGCGAUUCGGAUCUCGCGGGUGGAUAAGGAUGGCCACUGA